AGUUAGUAGGCGGAAAAGCGGUGUGUUUCCCAGUCCCACUAAAAACCAAACCGGCUAUUUGGUGUUUUUAAGCAGCCACAGACAGACGCAGUUUAAAGAUUAUUCCUUUGUCACUGGCGCUGCUGAAAGAGGCUACGAACAAAGAUGGCUGUUCCCGUCGGUCAGGCCGAUGUACAGAUGGACAGAGCUGCCCUGAGCGGACAGACAGUUUCCUCAGAGAGCGACAUUGACAUCGACGAGAAAGAGUUGGAAAAUAUUACAAAGAAACACAGUGAAGAGCCAUCGCUGCCUCUGCACUCACCCUGGACGUUUUGGCUGGACAGGUCGUUACCAGGCACAACAGCUGCAGAGUGUGAAUCCAACCUGAAGAAGAUCUACACAGUACAAACUGUUCAGAUGUUCUGGAGUGUAUACAACAACAUCCCCCCAGUCACAGCCCUGCCACUGAGAUGUAGCUAUCAUCUAAUGCGCGGAGAGCGCAGACCACUUUGGGAAGAAGAAAGCAAUGCAAAUGGAGGAGUGUGGAAAAUGAAGACACCAAAAGAAAGCACAGCUGUAGUUUGGAAAGAAUUGUUACUUGCUACUAUUGGAGAGCAGUUUGCAGAUUACUGUUCCUCAGAUGACGAGGUCGUUGGCGUCAGUGUUAGCGUUCGAGAUAGGGAAGAUGUUGUACAAAUCUGGAAUAAAGAUGCGUCUCUUGCUAAUGAAGCAAAUAUCUUGGGCAAAGUGUAUGAACUCCUCCCCUACAUAUCUUUUAAAGCUGUUUUUUAUAAGUCUCACAUGGAACAUCAUGCCUUUGAGGGAGGACGUUCAAGACAUUAGGGUUAGUUUUGCACUUUAAAAAGCAAUAAAAAUAAAAGUCCUGAACUUUCUCCCUGCCUACACACGAAGGCACUCGUCACAAUCCAAUCAAAGAGAUUAUUUUUUGCCUUGGACAAGGAAAUGCUACCAAUAUAUUUUUAUAACUUUUAAUGACUGAUGCCUUUUAUUUUGAUAUGGCUUCUGAUGCCCUGAAGUCUAGAGUAUGUUCAGUUUCGACCCCCACUCUUGACUUCCUCCUGUACUUGUCUGCACUGUCGUGACCCUGUUCUCUGCACUUGCCAUGAACCUCGGAAUUUAUUCCUCCUGUUUGACUCAGCAUUUACAUUGUAGUACAUUUUAUAUCUCACUACAUGAAACAAUUCGUUUGUUUUAUCUUUUAAUUUUCAAAACUAGUUAGAAUUACCAGAAUGUCUCAGCAGAUCACUGCAGUGUCUAUCUGAUUAUACAACAUCUACCCCUCUCCCCCCUUUUAGCCGGAUAUUCUCACACUGUUGUCAUAAGUAUCCUAGCCUUUGAUAUUGAUAUGUUCCACAUUUAACCCAAGGUCACUGAUCCACCAUUGGAAUCGCAUCAACAGUGUAAUUUGAGUUUACCAGUUGUUCCCAUCGUCCAGUCGUUGUUUUAAUGCCUAUUUGGACAUUUCCUGUUUAAGCACACGGUUGCUGACACCGUACGAAUAUGAUGAAAACAGAGAAACAAUUACCUCAAAACAAAUCUCUCUGACUGUGUAAUCAAACUAAACUGCAUUUUCAGUCACUUUUAAAGGAUUAAAAGCUCUGAACCAACAUUUUGAUCUUUAUGGACAGUCACCAGGACUGACGUAAAGAUGCUUUAACUGGCACAUUCUCUAACAUCCUUCAACUAUUUAACAGCUAUUUGUUAAGUUUAAAUAGGUGAAUUGAAUACCUUAGGUAGUAGGUUUUUAGUUAAGUAUAUAUAAACUUCACCUUAUGUAUGUUUUUUCAAUUGAUUCAGCAAUACAAUGUUCAAAAACUGUCAUUGAGAUUCUUAUUCCUUUGAGAUGCUGUAGAAGCACAAGCUGAGAAAAAAAAACUACAACUCCCAUGCGUCGAUUAUGUUGCGAUUGAAUGUCUGCGAUUGUAGGAACUCUUCUAACGUUAAAGAUUUCACAAAUCUUAAUCUCAAAGCUUACGUUUUGCCAAGGCACUUUUCCAGUGUUGUCAAGACACAGAAAAUCAACGUAACUUUUUUUUUUAAGAAAAAAAUAACAUUCCGUUGGGAAUGGUCACACAUCCAUUACAUAUUUGAUACGUUGAGUUUGAGUGUGUCGACCGCAGAGCCCUGUUCUCUGUGAAAUUGGGUCACGGUUUGAUUGCUGUAUUGCUUUAGGGACAUCUUUUUGCUGGGUACCGAUGAAUCUAUGUGACACCUGUUUCCUUACGAAGAAUAAAUUGUUCUUAUUGAUUUUCCAGUGACCAUAACAUCUUACGUAAAGUUAACACCUUGUAAAAGAAGCCACACAGUCACGUGAUAUUCACUUAUUUUAACAUUUUAUGUCGAUGAAUUACAUGAAAGAUCAAAACGGGGGAAAAGACUCUUGAUGUUGAGGGCUGUCGUUCCUCAUUCAUCAUGUUAACGCAUUAUUCCAGGAUUUAACCCAGUGGAGUGCGCCUUGGCCUGCAAAAGUGCACAAAAAAUCCUGCAGCGUUGCUUGACCAUCAAUGCCUCUGUGCCUGCACAAAGGGUGAAAGAAAGCUAUUUGAUUUCAUCAUGCUGUGCUAGGAACUGAGUGCACGAAUGACAGCAAAACUAUACAUGCACUGACUGCAACCGCACAUAAUUGAUCUUAGUGAAUAUCACAACUACUAAAGUACAAAGAAUAAAUCCAUAAUUUUCUACAUAUUUUUUGUUAUGUCUUCAGGAAUCCGCCCUGUCCCACUUUAACGUGGUUAUAUGGUUCAUUUCUAUUGCCUUACUGCUGAACUCUAUCUUGUGUCACACGACAUUUAUACAUUCAUCUUUGGACUGGCUUUUGGAUGAAUAAGCUGUCUGGUGAUUUUAUUUUGUAAACAUGAUUUUUGCAGUGUCAUGGAAAGCAAAUAAAUUGUAAUUUAAAGCCAUA